AGGGAAUGCCACCAUUUUCAAUCGUCAACUUUUAUCGCGGAUAGAUUGCUGGAAAUAACAUUGUGCUCCUUACCCGACCCUUCCCUUGGCGGCCAAACAGUGGGCACCUGUACAUAUAUUCGUUGCCCCUUUUUAACUAUAUACCCCGCCGGCCCUCUGCUGGCCUCGUCCCAUUAGCACAUUGAACACCCGACAAAGAUGGCGAGUUCCGAAGAAGAUUUCAGCUCACUCCCCUUGACGGAACGUCUUACACACAAGUCGUGGAAAGCACGACAGGGCGCAUACGAUGAGCUAGCCAAGAUUUUCAACACAUUGGACCCAGACGCCGACAACGAAUAUCGCAAAUGGCAGGAAUAUCUAAAGAAGAUGGUAUCGGAUAGCAAUUUGGUUGCACAGGAAUCAGGAUUGAAUGCGAUUUUAGCAUAUGUGACAAACGCACCGUCAGCAAACAAGACUCGAAGUGUGCUUGCACCCAUGGUAGUAGACAAGUGCCUCGGCUCCAACAGGGCCGGUACAAAAACAAAGGCCCUAGACGUUCUCAUGAUGUACAUUGAAAUUGAUGUCGCAGAUCCGGUCAUUGAGGACAUCAUUUCUGGAUUGAACCAUAAAACACCAAAGAAUGUCGCUGCAGCGGUGUUCGCUCUACGAGAAGCUGUCAGAUUAUUUGGCGCACGUAUUGUAAAUGUCAAGCCCAUACUCAAGCAGCUACCCAAAAUUUUUGAUCACAAAGACAAGACCGUGCGGUCGGAAGGAACAGCGUUGGCUAUCGAACUGUAUAGAUGGUUAGGGUCAGCUAUCACCAGCUCACUGAAUGACCUGAAGCCGGUGCAAAUUAAGGAGCUACAUGAUCAAUUCGAUAAGCUACCACAAGAGAGAGCGACACCAGAACGUCUCAUCAGGUCGGAGCAGGCAAAAGUUCAAGCACAGGGCCCUGCUGCUGAUGGAGAUGAGGGGGCAGGCGAGAAUAUAAAUGGCGUAGAUGAUACGCCCGAGCCAUUGGAUGCCUACGAUCUCGCAGAUCCCGUCAACAUUCUCGACAAGCUACCAAAGAACUUUUACGAACAGCUUGCUUCUACCAAGUGGAAGGAACGAAAAGAAAUUCUGGAAAAUCUGCUCGAAAUCGCCAAAGCCCCCAAAUUGGAAGACGGAAAGUACGGCGAGCUUAUUAACGCUCUAGGAAAGCGGAUCAAUGAUGCAAACCUAUUCGUGGUCAUUGCCUCGGCGAAUUGCAUCGAAGCUAUUGCGAAGGGCUUACGGAACCACUUUGCGCAGUAUAGAUCUUUGGUGAUACAUCCCUUGAUUGAGAAAUUUAAGGAAAAGAAGCAAAAUGUUGUGGAGGCGCUGCGAGGAGCAUUGGAUGCAAUCUAUUUAUCUGUUACCAUCAAUGAGGUUGUUGAGGAGAUCAAUGGAAGUGCUUUUCACAAGAAUCCUCAAGUUAGAAGCGAAACAUUACAUUGGCUGAUUCGAUGUCUGAAGACCACCCGAAAGCUUCCCGGAAAGCCAGAGAUCAAGUCGUUGAGCGAAAUGCUAGUCAAGUCUUUGGAAGAUAGUGUGGACACGGUGCGAGAGGCGGCUGCUGAAGCGUUAGGAACACUGAUGAAAGUUGUCAGUGAGCGGGUAUUGGCAGGACAUCUGGAUAAGUUGGAUAAUAUCAAGCAGACCAAAGUCAAGGAGUAUUUUGAGAAAGCUGAAGUAAAGUUAGCGGGUGGAACGGGAACAAGAAAAGCGACAACAGCUGCAGCUCCGCCAAGAAGGGCAGAGACGUUACCGGCUAAACCUCGGAAACCAAAAAUGACGUCUAACUCUCUGGAUGCCCAGGAGAAAGAGAAUCAUGCACCAAGUUCUACGACGGCGACAAGAGCACGACCACCGACCACUAUCGCAAAGCCCACGACUAAAGCUUCUGUGAAUGGAACUCUGAAAAGAGCGCAGACCGCAGGCCCAGCCUUGGCAAAGGCCCCGGCCGCAAAGAAGCCUGCCUCAAGAGAGGACGAGCCCAUUGUUUCAAAGUACACCAACGAAUCUGCAGAUGCAGUUGUGUGUGACCUGGUAGGGGAGGAGGUAAUGCAGCAGCUUGGGGAUAGCGCAUGGAAAGUGAGGCUUGGAGCCGCGCUAUCCAUGCUGGAGAAGCUUCAGCAACAACCGAAAGAGACUGUUGAAGCAGAAGCGGUAGUGAGAUCGCUGACCAACAAGCCGGGAUGGAAAGAAAGCAACUUUCAAGUAAUGACAAACGUGCUUAACAUUUUCCAGUAUUUGGCAAAGGAAGUUCCCAGCUUCAAUCGAGCAGCUGGCGCUGCCGUUGUACCUGGACUGGCAGACAAGCUUGGCGACAUGAAAGUCAAAAGAAGCGCCGGUGACUGCCUUACUACGAUUGCUGAAAAACUAUCACUACAAUUUGUCCUCAGUCAAGCGUAUGAUUCGAUGAAGAAACAAAAAAGUCCGAAAGUCCUAGCAGACUCUUUGAUGUGGAUUCAACAGACUCUUCUCGAUUUCGGAACGGGGGGUCUUCAGUUGCGAGAAUUCAUCGAGUUUCUGAAGUUCGCAUUGGCAAAUACGAAUUCAGCUGUACGCAACAAUGCAGUUACCGUUUUGGGUACUCUAAGGAUGUUCACUGGGCCAGAGAUCCGUACAUUUGUCCAAGAUCUAAAUCCUCAACUCUUGGCAACUAUUGACUCUGAAUUUGAAAAAGCAGCCGCCAAAGCACCUCCACAGCCGACAAAAGAGCAGCAAUUGGACGAGACCGCCGCGAGUGCAGAUCCUACCGAUGAUUUGUUCCCUCGGGUUGACAUUAGCGGCCAAAUCACUGGGAAGCUGAUCGACGAUAUGGGCAACGCACAAUGGAAAGUCCGGAAAGAGGCACUGGACGACCUUGUGCGCAUCUUGGAAGCGGCUAACAAGCGAAUCCAGCCAAACUUUGGAAGCGAGUUGAUUCCAGCAUUGAAGGCUCGUUUGAGCGACAGCAACAAAAAUCUAGCUAUGAAUGCCGUUGAACUGACGGGCAAUCUGGCGCUAGCCGUCGGGAAGCCUUUUGAGAGACACGUCAAAUUGGUGAUAUCACCUAUGACAUCUCUAUUGGCAGAUCAAAAGGCACAUGUGCGAGGUGCUGCUCUUGCAGCCUUGGACAAUGUUUUCCUUGCUGUGGGACUGGACUCUUUGAUUCCUUCAUUUGGGGCGUCGCUAAUGACCGAGCAGCCACAGAUGCGCAAGGAUCUCCUGAAAUGGUUGGGAGAUAAACUUGAAGCUACCGAGAAAGUGCCAGAUCUAUCACCGCUGAUUCAUGCCAUAUUACUGUGCUUGCAAGAUCGUAACGCGGAUGUUCGUAAAGGGGCGCAGGGUGUGUUGACGUUUGUUGCUGCUGAUGUUGGUGUAGAUGCUCUGCACGCAAAAGCCGGUGAUCUGUUCAAGGGUUCUGCACUGGCUUCCGUCACGCCAUACCUAGAAGCGUUGAGACCUGUGGGUGGACGACCGUCCAGCGCUUCAUCUUCGAUCAAAUCAGCAACUCCUGGAAAGGUUCGGAAGCCCCUGUCAACUGUCGCGUCUGGUACCAGUGAUUCGGCUGGCACCAAGUCGAAGCUUCCUGGGGCCAGCAAGCUUCGGAUGACCCGACCUGGGACUGGAACUUUAAGCAGGAAGGAAGCAGUAGAAAGUCCGAAAGAGCAUGUGGCACCGCUUUUAACUUCAGAUACCCGGGCGAAGGAACAGCGUGCAGCUGCAGACAGGGGCAUGACCAAAUGGACUUUUGACUCCCCUCGUCGGGAACUCAUUGACUUCUUGGCAGAACAAUGUGAGGGUAACUUUAGCUCUGAAGUUCAUUCGAGGCUGUUCAGUACCGACCACUACAAGGAAAAAGAAUAUCUCGCUGCCUUGACGGCGAUUGAUGGACCCAUCUCUGAAGGUUCGCAAAGCCUAGAGAGAGAAGCGACGGUGUUUGCCAUGGAUGCGUCCGAGUUGAAGGCUCGAUAUAUUGCAAAUGCGGAUCUUAUCCUAAAGUACAUCACGUUGAGAUUCUUUGACACCAACACGAGCAUGUUUUUAAAGUGUCUGGAGCUCCUGGAUCAUUUGUUUGCGUUAUUGGAUGAGGAUGGUUAUCAUUUGAGUGAGUACGAGGCGUCUUCUUUUCUGCCAUUUUUUAUAAAUAAGACCGGAGACCCGAAGGAGACCAUGCGAGUCAAGAUACGCGGUAUAAUGAAGCGACUGACCCGCAUUUACCCUUCGUCGAAGCUCUUUACCUAUUUGCUGAAAGGCUUGGAAUCGAAAAAUGCUCGGACGCGUACAGAAUGUUUGGAAGAGUUGGCAUCUCUCGUUCAACGAAACGGCAUGGGAGUCUGCAUUCCCAGCAAAUCAUUUCCAUUGAUUGCAGCACAGCUGGCGGACCGGGAUGCCUCUGUGCGAGGUGGAGCUUUGGGUGUGAUUACACAAGCAUAUUUGUUGGUAGGGGAUGGGGUCUGGAAGCUUUUGGGAAGAAUCUCCGAAAAAGACAAAAGCUUCGUGGAAGAAAGGCUGAAGAGAGUGAGCAACAGCAGAGGAGGGAAGGAGGAGGAUCGUCCGAGUCCUAAGGGCACAAGGAGUGUUAGUCCGAAAAGCGGGAAGACGAGUCCGGGAAGUAGCCCCAAAUUUGACAAGAAGAGCACACCGGUGGAAAGCCAAGCUUAUCCGGUGGACCAGUCGACCACGAAUAAGUCUGGGAGCCCAACCCAAACAAGGAAGAAUCCUGUAUUUAGUCUCGAACUGGAGAAGCAUGGAUUGGUGGUUCCGAAAAGGGAGUAUCCAUCAACCGCGCCGCCAUCUCAUUUCAGUCCAACUCGACUACCCAGUUACGGACCCGUCUCACCACCAAGGUCCCCUGACCGGAACGUCUUUGUUCCUGAGCCAAUGAGUUCGAAUACUAUCGAUUUACUCAUAACCAACAUUACCAGCAAUGAUCCGUACGAGAGCGUAGACGCCUUAAAACAGCUUGAAGACAUUUUGGGCACGCAAGCCGAAAUUGUCGCGCCGCACAUGAAUGAUCUAAUUUCGGCUCUCACUCUUCAAAAUCGGUUAGCGUAUACCUCUUUGGUCCCCGGUCGAACAUCUCUUGAGCGCCUGUGCAAACACCUGGUCAACGUUCUUGUCAUUUGCUUCUCUCAGCCGGUUUUGGCCAGGUCGGUGGGUAGAGAGCAGCUAAAGCUUUGCAUGACGGAAGUAUUGGACAGAAUUCUGGAUCCGAUUUUGGAGCAGAUUGAUCAGGGCCCUGCUUUGAAUAAAGCAUUAAAUAUUUUGGUUGUUAAAAUUUUGGAGUCGGUGGAUAGAAAUUCCUUGCUUGGGGUUGCGCUUGCGCUCUUGAUAGAAUCUAGCGACGUCAUGAUCACACUGCCCGCUGAGAAUCGAUCCAGGCAGGCAAAACACAUGAACUUGAUUUUACGCUGCCUGUGGCGAAUAACAAAGACGCUUUCCCGACUUCUUGCGACUAAAUCGAUCAAACCGGACGUUCUGCUCCUUGACAUACAUAAUUUUUUCGUGAGACUCCCGCCGCGGGAAUGGAAACGAAGGGCCGUAGAGUAUCCAUACCCACAAGCCGAUAUGCCCUUCCGAACGGUCAAAACCAUUGUUGGGGAAAUUGCAAAGUGUCUGGGCCCCGAUCUUCGUGCCGCCUUCCAUUUAAUUCCAAAUCAAGAAACCAGCUACUGUGUCAAAUAUGCACUUCACACGCUUGACGGGAGGAGUGGUUCGGAGAUGGGUGAUACACCGAAGGCUGGGUCGGAACUUGAUCUAGCGGCCAUGGGAAGCCCCAGCAAUGUUGCUCGAUCAAUGGGCGAUUCAGGUGCGGCGUCCCCAAUGCUGCCUAGAUCGCGGCCGUCAAUUCCGAGCGAGAGUUUAACAGCAAGGCUGCAAGCUGAGUUUGGAUAUACUGAUAGUGGGGAGGAUUUGCAGGAGCUGGGUGAUAAGCAGCCAAUAUCGAAGCCCUUGACGUCCGCAAGUCUCAAGACGGCAUCUGAGUCUAUACUGCACAAAGAUGAGCCAGUGGAUACCACCGUCCCUGGCAACGUUACUACAGGAGAGUCCGUAUCAGUACAGUUAACGGCACAAGAGGUACAGGAUCACCUUAACAAGAUGUGGGAGCGACUUCUGGAUAAGGACGUCUCCAAGUUCGCUCUGCAAGAGCUAUAUGAUUUUAGAAAGACGCAUUUAUACGCAAUAGAGCAAAUUGAGGCCAAGAUCAGGGAACGAGGAGAUUUCUUUGAAGAGUAUAUCCGGAGAGGACUACGCAACUGUAAGGAAGAAGAAGCCAAGAGGUUGGAUUUGGAGGAGCGCAGAUCCCGUCGGGCCGCCGGGAGUACUGCAGUGAGGGAUCUUUCACCCCACGAUUCUGAAGGAUACCGACGUGCUCUGGAUCGCAUCAAGCUGACCUGGUGGGGAACAACCGAUCUUAGCGAAAUCCAGCGAUUGGCUCCUCUGGAAGGCGAACAAGCGCUGGAAGAUACCCGGCAGAUAUUGAAUGAAAAGAUUGCCCCAUCAGUAUCACCUUCAGGAUUAGUUGCUUCGGCCGAGGAGUCGGCUGCUGGGACACCUCGGUCGGGGUCACCUGGUAGUCCGACGUCGAAUGGUAGUGGCGAUGGAGGACAACCCGUUAAGAAGGCCCAGACAGUGGCCGAACUUAAGGAACGAUUGGCGAUGAUGAAGAAGAGAACUGCUGAUGGAAGUGUCGAAUACUGAAUUCUAUAAUCUGUAUUUGAGUUUUGAGGAUCGGAGAUGCUAGUUGUAAGAUAUUGGGCAUGAUUGUGGGCUUGUCUGAGGAUUGUUUGACCUUUGGGGCCGUGGAAAAGUAUUUACGAAGUCGGAUGUGAUGGGCGACCAUACGCAGCACCCGUUUUGGUCUGUCCCUAUAGUCUGCUGGCGUGUAUUACCCUCUUUUUUUCUUUUACCCUUUAUACAUAUAUAAUUUCUUAACUUUUUUCCUGA